CAACGACUCUGCCACUUCCCUACACCUGACGUAGCAACAAUCUCAAAGAAAACAUUACCAAAGCAAAUUGUCCGCAACAUUUUUCACCACGGACGCGACCGACGCUCGUGUUUUCUGUUAUAUAUUCCACACACAAACAAACACAAGCAACUACCUCGCUCAAUAGUGAUGUGUCUCUCACAAGAUGUCGACUGAAGGAUCAGAUAGUACGUCCAGUUCGGGGAUCAGGCAGUUCGGUUUGUACAGAACCAUCGAUGCGAGGACCGAGGAGUUCCUCAGGCUGUCGAGGAAACGGCAGAUAAGGCAGGGAUGCGCCUGCGCCGCCAUCUCUACCGCUAUCACCGUGACCAUUGUAAUUAUAGUUCUACUAAUCUACGAGUAUAUGAUUGUAGUAGAAACCAAUGUAGUACAAAAAAAGACAAGCUCUAAUAAAAUCAGAUUUAUUGGAAAAGACAAACCGAUUGCAGAAAGACUUGACAGAACCCACUUUGGAUUUGAUCAAGAUUACUAUGAAAGAAUGCCACUUCUUGUCAAUGCAUUACAAGAAGUAAGUUAUGUAGAUUCUUUAGGAGAAACAUCAAUAUCACGAUCACGAAAGAGACACUAUAACACAAAUCGUUUUAAAUCAGCAACAUCUUCAUCUGUUAAUGGUUUUAUAAGAAGAACUAGUCCUAGGCCUUUUAUUUUUGAAUAUAGAAGUCCUUACCCUAUGCCAUUUUCAAAAUCACAAGGUACUCCAAGGAACUGGGCAGAACACUAUCGUAACGCACAAAGAUUAAAAAACUUACAUGACGUCAUAAAAUAUCUUGAGAAGACUUUGAAUGCGAAAUUUGGUGAUAUAUAUCUACCAACACGAGCACAGAUAGCUUUUUCGGGAAUAUACCUACCACCUGCUGAACAUCCAGCCAAAGAUUCAUACUUACCCGUUAGAGACAAUAGUCCUCAAGAAUCAAUAAAUUAUAAAGUAAAUUCAAACCAUAACUCUGAUCCAUUGUAUACAUUUAGACCUGAUAAUCCUGGCGACAUAAAUUUAUUAGUAGAUGGUUAUAGGUUUGCUCCAUCUGUCUUUUCAUCUCUAAGUAAACAGAAAAACAAUGGUAUUAAACAUGUAUUUAGACCAAUUACCAAAAGAAAACGACCACAAAACUGUAACAAUGCAGAGUGCUCAUCUAAUCUUCAUGAUUUUGCUAAAAAAGUCGAAAUAGAAUCUUCUCAGGAAGACAUAUCUCUCCAUGACCAUGAUAGUCAACCAAAGCUUUUGGAUAUAAAGUUUAAUCUGUUUUCAUCUCAACAGUCGACUACUGAAAGUUCUUUGAAUGAAAGUAACAUUAAUAAAAUUUAUAUAACGUCACCAAAGCCUUUAUUUCAAUUUAGAAGAAAAUCAACUAUGCCUUUCAGAAGAUCCAUGUACACAUAUAAACGGCCUAAUAUUUUUGUGGAAAAAAGAAAAAAUAUUACCAUCACCGCAGCCAAAACAGGUGAAAAUAAGACAAUUACCUUUAAAAGGUUAGUGCCCUUAAGUGUUUUUACGUCAAAUGAAAGAACAGAAAAAAGUUCAAUCCAACCUAUAGUUCUCCCUGAAAACAGUCCCAAAGAAGAAUCCAAUUCUAGUUCUACAACGCCAAGGUCAUGGUUAAAUUUUAUGACAGAGCAUCCCAUGUUAAAUUAUUCGCUUGUCGAAGAUUAUCAUAUAGGUAGUUCAGGGAUAGUACCUAUUGAAUCUAGGACCAUCACCCCAAUUUAUCCGACUGUACCUAUUAUACCAUUAAUAGAAAGCAUUACAGAGAGAGCCACCACUAACGCACCUGAAAUUAUAAAAUUCAGCCCCGAAGAUGCUAAAAUACCAGAUCACUAUUUCAAUUUGAGGAAAUCUGAUAUUGAAGAAAACACGGAAAGAGUUGUUAAUAAAUGGGACUAUACAAAAAUUACUGAAAAGUAUGAUGAUGUCAUCGAAGCAGAAACACUAAUUAUUAAAUUAAAAAACAAUAUAGAAACCACUACAAUUACUGAAGACGAUGUUUCUGAUGAAAUAGAAAAUUCAAAAAAUGAAGAAGCCGAAGAUUACAUAGAAACGAAAACCUCUGCGACCUACGUUCCUCAAAUAAAUGGACACCAUAGAAGCUAUAAGAGUUUAACGACUCUUUUAAGAGAGAAUUCUGAGAAAUAUAGAAAAAAGAGAAUCGAGAAUUUAUUUAUAACACGAACGAUACAAAAUCAGACAUACGUACCUAUGUAUGUAGAAAUUAAAAGAAAUAGAAGUAGUUUUAUAGACCACGAUAUAGGUAGUAGUUAUGAAUAGAGGAAUAGUAUUUAGCUGUAGUUAAUUUAGGAUUGUCCUUUAGAGUGUCCCACCGACUUCCUUUCAAACUUUUCUAAGGGCUUUUUAAACUUAUUAUGAUGCGUUCAUUUAAUUAAAUGUUUUCUUUUGUAAAUUGUUUUUUUAAUUAACUAUUAUUAAGCAAAUUGGACUUUUGUUAUAAAAAUGAAAUA